AUAUGGAUUUGAACAGUUUUUGGUUUACUGUUAACCAAAAUGAAGUUGUACGCCAUUUUGUUACUGGUGCCAUUUUGUUUUGGUGGCAUCAUCCACCCAGAAGAUAGUUCUCAAGAUGAAACUUCUCCUGAAUACGACAACGGCGCAUUUGAAGAUGAAAAUUCUUCUGAAUAUGAAAAUCGCACUAUGAUUCCCGUGAGAGGAAUAAUAGAUAGGCCACCAACAUUUCCCGUAAUGCGUAAUUCUCAUUAACAAUGGUCGUAUGUAGUCUCAAAAAUUGAUAAUUUUAACGCAAACUCCGGUACAUACAGACAGAGGUUUAUCUACAACACACAAUUUGCUAAACCUAAUGGUCCUAUUUUCGUUUACGUUGGUGGUGAAUGGACAAUCGGUGUUGGUUCCCUUAGUUCCGGACAACUUUUUGAGAUGGCGCGUGAGAAUGGCGGCGCCAUGUUCUACCUAGAACACAGAUUCUACGGAGAAAGUAUUCCCACAAGUGACUUAAGUACAAGAAACCUCGCAACACAUUCAAGUCGUCAAGCAAUUGAAGACAUCCGCCAGUUUUACAAUUGGUUACGCACUUCUGAAUUCUACAGUAAAAGCAAACUUGUCUUGAUGGGUUGCUCAUACUCUGCAUCACUUUCAAUGUUUACCAAACAGAUUUACCCGAAUAUGGUCACCGCAGUGUAUGCAACCAGUGGACCAUUACUUUCUACUUUUGAUAUGUAUCAGUACAUGGAAGUAGUGACAUCUUACAUUCGAAGAGUCAACCCACAAUGUAACAAUAUCAUCAUGGGCGCAAUCCAAACCAUGGAAAGCAUGUACCUCAACGGACAAAAAGACCGUCUACAUCAAUUAUUCUCGGUGUGCCGAUCAUCUCAAGUCCAGGAACCUUUGGACCGCGCCGCGUUCUUCCUGCGUUUCAUUUACCAUUUCGCCAAUAUGGUCCAAAGUGCAUCCAGCACCGUGACCUCUCAAUGUCAACGCUUGACCAACGCUCAAGGAACCACCAAUCUGGAUAAAUUCGUUUCCUACUUUGCUGUACCAGCUAACCAAUGUACUUCCGGAGUGUUUGCCCAUCACCCACCUGGGUUCCUCAACACCAACAAGGACCAAUCUUCUAGGUCAUGGUUAUGGCAACAGUGUAAUGAAUUCGGUUGGUUUAUCACCACUGCUGGUAAUAACCAAGUUUAUGGAUCAUCUGUACGUCCAUCAAUGCACUACGCCCUCUGUCGGGCAGUCUUUGGUAACGCAGGACAAUCAGAUGCGCAGUUGAAUGCAAAAGUAACAGCAACAAACUCCAACUACAAUGUUAAUCCCGGUAAGGGGGCGGGGCUUAAGAAUAUCGCAUUCUUGUAUAGUUCGGAUGAUCCAUGGGCACCUAUGGGGUAUAAUAUGUUGCCUAACUCACAGACGAGAAUGCUGCGUAUUGAAGGUGGUGGACAUUGUGCUGACAUGUCUAGUUCAUCUGCUAGUGAUUCAGCAAGCAUGCGCAAUGCUAAGAAUACAGCCAGGGCAUUGAUUAAACAAUGGUUGCAAUAAUUACAGAAUAAACAUGGUUUUGAUUUA